AUAUUUCGGAAACAACAAGGAGAAAGAUGGCGACGCUACACAGACAGACCCAGAAGCUUAAGGAUUCAGUGAAGAAGCAGGCAGGAGGCAAAGGCAGCAGAUGCGACUUGUGUCUGGACACCUGGGUGCAGCGUGGUGACGCCUGCUACCUUUUCUCCAAUAUGAGUGCAAAGUGGCCAGAGUGUGUAGAACAUUGUAAGAAGCAGGGCUCCAAACUCGUUAAGAUGGACUCUCAAGGAGAACUGGCAUUCCUCAAACGGGAGACGCGUAAAUUGUAUCGUGUCGAGUUCAGGUACCGCCGGCACUACAGUUACUGGAUUGGCCUGACCUACAAAGCCAGCCUCAAGAAGUGGGUCUGGCUGGAUGGGUCACCAUUCACGUUGGAUCUGUCUUCUGUGGGAGCCCAAGCUGCUUACGAUGCAAAUGACGCUUGUGUGUUUUUUAUACAAGGAAUGUCCCAUGCUAAGGGUUGUGCCACAAAACACUAUUGUCUCUGCAAGAAGACCAAGUGAGCAAGGUCGCUUCUGAUGAAAUUGGUAAUGAUUUCUCAUGUCCUGGAGAACUAAACUGGAUUCUCUGCUCUGA